AUGAUCCGCCCCCGGCUCCUCCCACCCCACACCAUCUCCCUUCUCCCCAAUCCCCCCCAAACCCCGAAUUCCAUACCCAUCGGCUAUCCUUCCACUCGUCCUUGCCGGAGCUCCACCACCGCGUACAGCAGCUCAACCCCCCCCAUCCCCAUCCCCACCUCGUCCUCUCCGUCCGACGCGGGUCUCCUCUUCCGCCGAAAGCUCCUGUACCUCGAGCGAAACCUGGGCAUCGACCCCGCACAGGCCCUCUCCCGCAACCCCCACCUGCGCUCCGCUUCCCUCUCGUCUCUGCGGGAACUCGCCGCCUUCCUCUCCUCCAUGGGGCUCCCCCCAAACCCAGCAGGUGCCGGUCGCAUUCUGUCCAUGCACCCCCAGCUCCUCACCUGCGACCCCGUCGCCGACCUCCUCCCUGUCUUCCGCUUCCUUCUCGGCCCCGCGGGCAUCCCUCCCAGGGACGUCCCCACUGCUGUCCUGCGUUGCCCUCGCCUCCUCGUGACCAGCGUGGAAGACCAGCUCCUGCCGGCGCUGUACUUCCUCCGGCGUCUAGGGUUCGUGGGAGUCCACCGGAUUACUUGCAGGACCACCCUGUUGCUGGUGUCCAGCGUCGAGGGUACUCUCAUUCCCAAGCUGGAGUACAUACAGAACCUUGGGUUCUCCCGGAGGGAGGCUAUCAAGAUGGUACUGAGGUCGCCGGGCCUGUUCACAUUCAGCAUCGAAAAGAAUUUCCGCCCAAAAGUGGCGUACCUGGUUGAGGAAAUGGGGCGCGACCUCUCAGAGCUCAAGGAUUUCCCCCAAUACUUCUCAUUCAGUCUCGAGGGAAAGAUUAAGCCGCGCCACCGGCUUCUGGUGGAGAAUGGGUUCGAGGAUAUGUCUCUUGCCAACAUGCUCAAGGUCAGCGAUGGUGAAUUCAACGACCGGUUGGUCGAGAUGCGGCUGAGAUCGGUCGGUGGGAAGAUCUGA